AUGCAAGCUGUGCAGGAAGUUGAGGCAUUGACGCACUCUGAACAAGGUGACGUGCAAGGAAGACAUGAUGAACCAGAAAGAUAUUGGCCAGCAUCACAUGAUGUACAAGUAGUAGUAGUAGUUUAACAAGUUUUACAAGAAGCAUCACAAACUUAGCAUAAAGUCCCAAUAAUUAAAUAAUGAUCCACACAAGUUUAACAUACAGAAUUACUAGUACAAGUUGCGCAGUAAGUGGGGCAUGAAUUACAACUCGAUGUAGCUUUAUAAUACUUAGGAAAACAACUUGAGCAGAAAAGUCCACUUCCACCACUACAAACUUCGCAAUUAGAUGAACAACUACUGCAUUGCUUUAUAGGUGUAACAUAAUAUGCUGUCUUACAAGUAUCACACGUAUAAGGAAUUGUACAAAUUAUGCAAUUUGAUGAGCAAGGUAUACAAUCGCCGCUAAUAUCAACUUCUCCUUGAUUGCAACUUUGAGUUACUAGAAUAGAAUAAGGUAUCCUUACAUAAGCAGUUCAUAAAAAUAAGGUUGAGACUAAACAGGAAGUUGUACAUUAAUAUAAUAAAUAAUAUAUAAUUAAAUAGAUGA